UCGCAUGCCCUUUUUGACGAACCAUGGCGCUCUUCCUAGGCCUGGACUGCUCUACACAGAGCAUGACUGCGGUGGUGACGAGGUACGAGGUCGCGCCAGAGGGCCCGAAUCCCCUUACAAUCGUUGCGUCGGCGACCUUCCAAUUUGACAAGAGAUUACCCCAUUAUGGGACAACGAACGGCGUACUGUUCAACGAUGGUCAUGUCGAAGUGCCGUCGUUGAUGAUGGUGGAGGCAUUGGAGCGAAUAAUCGACGACGUGCAACACGAGUUGGCCAAGCGUGGCCACUCGUUCUCUCAAGUCCGAGCAGUAAGUGGGUGCGCCCAACAGCACACCAGUGUAUUCUGGCGACUGCCGGAGCUCGAAAUGCCGCGGCAAGGUAGUUUACACAAGUUUCUGAAAGAGCAGCGUGCGUUUGAACCCGAAAGAGGUCGCAGUUGGAUGGAUUCGACGACAACCAGCCAGUGUCAAGCGCUGGAAAGUGCCGUCGGUGGCAGCCGGCGAAUGGCCGACCUCACUGGGUCUAGGGCGUACGAGCGAUUCACCGGCAUUCAGUUGAUGGCAUUGGGCGACAUGGAUCACGUGUCGAGGGUGAGCUUGGCGUCGUCGCUCUUGACGUCGCUUUUCCGCGGCAAGAUUUGCUCCAUCGAGCACAGCAACGCGUCGGGAAUGAAUAUGAUGGAUCUGCAACGCCGCGAGUGGUCGACCGAGGUGAUCGAGGCCAUGGAGGCGAUCGGUGGCUUUCAAAGAGGAACAUUGCGGCGAUACUUGGGCCCCGACCCAAUUCCACCGACAGAGUCCGUUGGCCCGAUCGAUCCGUAUUUCCACCACGUUUACGCUUUUUCUCCCGACUGUGCCGUGAUUCCGUUUACGGGCGACAAUCCGAGCUGCUUGGCGGGUACGCUUGAACUUGUGAGAUGCUGUUCGUGGCUCCACUACCAUGUUGUAGGUAUGGGGCUAUCCCAGCGAGGGGACAUCGGGAUAUCCUUGGGGACUUCAGGAUGUAUUUUUGCCGUGGGCAACUCGACGGACGUAGUUCCGUCAGAAGAGUUUGGACAUGUCAUGGUGAAUGCAGUCGACCCGUCGACGCUAAUGGCGAUGCUAUGCUUCAAGAACGGAUCGUUGGCUCGUGAGGUCAGCAGCACCCUACAUGAAAAUGCUCUGACGUGCAUCAACAGAAUGUGCGAGAUCGCCGUGCCGAUGGAACGUGGGAAGAGUUUUCGCGGUUGAUGCAACUAAGUCCGCCGGGCAACGACGGCUACAUGGGGUUUUUUUACCUGCAGCCAGAGAUCACCCCCGUCGUCCCUGCCGAGUCGCAAGAUCAGCGCCUGAGUGGCUUGCAUGGCUUUAACUGCGACGACAUCGCAGAGGACGUUCGAAGUUGGCCUCCUGAAGUCGAAGUUCGCGCGAUCGUCGAGUGGCAGUGCCUUGCCAUGUAUCAGCAUGUUAAAAAACUGUACCGCGGGCCCGUUCACCGGGUCGUCGUGGGCGGCGGGGCCUCCGUGAAUACGUCCAUACUAGACACCCUGUCGCACGUGUUUGGGGUUCCCGUCUUUGUCGAAGCCAAUGGAGUCAACUCGGCAGCGUUGGGUGGUGCUCUGCGCGCGCAGCAUGGGCUCGAUUGUAGCCAGCGCCACAAGGUAGUCGCGUUCGCCCCUGGCAUUGAGUGGGCGCUGAAGGCCAGUCCAAGUAUGAGUGCGCACGAGGUGUACAUGGCGAUGCUACCGCGCUUUGAACGACUAGAAGCACGUGCAAUUGCUUCGCAAGUGGAACGCUAUAACGCGUGACAUGUGAGCUAUACAGAUCCACUUGGGUCGCGAAUCAACAUGGAAAAGUCUUAUGGAGGGUCGUCGCCGUGCGCUGGUGGUUCAUCCACACUCGAUUGUAACAUGUGAACCGAUUCCAAAA